AUGAGUAGUGCCAUCCAAUACAUUUCCCUUGUCGGAUCGCAAAACGAAGGUCCACUGUGUUCAUUACUCAUCGUUGAUGAUUAUUAUAUUUUGUUGGAUUGUGGAUGGGAUGAAAAUUUUAAUACCAAAGAUGAACAUAUACAGCAAAUAGUUAAUGUUUACAAAGACAAAAUUGAUGCUAUUUUGAUUUCGCAUAGUGAUAUUUAUCAUUGUGGUGCCUUGCCAUACUUGGUCGGAAAGUGUGGUAUUUUGGAGAAUAAGAAAAAAGCUAAAAUAUUUGCUACAUUGCCUAUCGUUAAAAUGGGUCAAAUGCAUAUGUAUGAUGCUUGUCAAAACGUGAAGCAGAGAGAAGAUUUUGAAACCUUUGAUUUAGAUGAUGUAGAUCUUUGCUUUGACAACAUUAUUCAACUGAAAUAUAGUCAAAGAUAUCCGUUGUCUCAACAGAUGGGAGGAAUGACUCAAAUAGAAAAUACCAACAUGGAUCUAGAGAACGAGGGUGUUGAAGGAGAGGAUGGUGAGGUUGGAGGCUCUACUAAUUUGGUUGCCGAAAUGGAAGGAGAAAAACUGGUUAUUUGUCCAUUUCUUGCUGGUCACACACUAGGAGGAACAAUUUGGAAAAUUACAAAAGAAACUGAUGAGAUUGUUUAUGCUGUUGAUUUCAAUAUUAAGAAAGAGAGACAUCUGAAUGGUUCUGUACUUGGUGAAUUAGGUGGAAAACCCUCCCUUUUGAUAACAGAUGCAUAUAACAUCAAACCUAUUCCAAGCACCGAAGUGACUUUGGUGCCAAAAAGUAGCUCGUCUAAAGAAACCGUUCCUAUGAGACGAGACAAGCAAAUUGUAACUUCAGUAGUUGAAGCCCUGAAAAGAGAUGGAAACGUUCUGAUGCCAGUAGAAACUGCAGGAAGAGUUUUGGAACUAAUGCUUAUUUUAGAAGAAGAAUGGAAGCGAAAGCCUGACCAAUUGGGAAACUUUGAGCUAAUUCUACUCACAAACGUAGCUUACAGAACCAUAGAUUUUGCUGCGCAUCAGCUUGAAUGGAUGAGCGACAGCAUUAUGAAAGGUUUUGAUGAAAAACGUGAAAACCCAUUUAGUUUUAAAUACUUUAGCGUUUGCCACAACGUAGAAGAAUUAAUGACAAAAUUGAAGCAAAAUGAAGCCAUGAGAAGGAUGAUGGAAGGCAUUGAUGAUGAUGAUGACGAUGCAACUCAAAAAAAACAAUAUCCUAUUGUGGUUUUAGCCUCUUCCAGCACCUUAGAUGUUGGAUUUGCAAGAGAACUUUUUGUAAAAUGGUGUGAGGAUCAAAGAAACAUGGUGCUUUUCACUGAUCGAUCUUCUCCAAACUCAUUCGCAAGAAAAUUGAUCAACAAGAUUAGAGCCAAGAAAACCAAUAGAUUAGAUGAAGUUAUGAAACUAGUCAUGUCUCGCAGAGUACCGCUCAAGGGAGAGGAACUAGAAAGAUAUGAAAAAGAACAGUUGAUAAAACAAGAGGCAGAAAAAAAGAGAAGAGAAGAGGAAGAAAGAAAGAAGAGGGUUAUCCAAAUUAGAGAUGAAGAUGAUGAAGAUAUUGCUGACAAAAAAUCAAAGAAAUUUAGAGAAGAGUUUACUGGCUCUGGUUUUGAUGACGAUUCGCACACCCAAACACAUCUUUACCUUCCAGAAAACAUGCGUUAUCAAUCUCAAUAUUUAAUGUUUCCAUGUAUUGAGAGAGGUAUUUCAAAAGAUGAGUAUGGAGAAUCUGUUGACCCUGAAGAGUUUGAAACAAGAUUAUUACAGGCCGAUCAAAAAGAUCAAUUAAUGUCUACUAGUGCUAAUUUGCAUGAAGAAGAAGAAAAUUAUGAACCUCCUUCAAAGAUUGAGAGCGAGGAAGUCAGUGUUAGGAUUUUAUGUAAAUUAGCAUACAUUGACUUUGAAGGAAGAUCGUCCAACGUGGACAUCAAAAACAUUCUACAAAAAAUCAAUCCUAGAAAAUUAAUUAUUAUUCAUGGCAUGCCAGAGGCUCUUACAGAACUCAAAGAAUAUUGUGAGACAAAGAAAAUAGCAGAACAAAUUAAGGCUCCAGUUGAUUUAGAAACAUUGGACAUGACUAUGGACACAAACAUGUUCAAAGUGAAACUGAAACAAGAUUUACUUUCUCAUGUACAUUUUGUGAAAAGCGGUACCAAUUACGAUAUGGCAUAUAUUGAAGGCAUUUUCAAAGGUAGUGAGAAUGCAGAGGAUCCUCUUCCGUCGAUUUAUCCAAAUCCAAAACCUAAAGGACAUCCAACCAUAUUAAUUGGAGAUGUGAAGCUCAAUCAAUUGUAUCGAUUGUUACUCGAAAAGGGUCUAUCUGCAGAAUUUCAACAAGGAGGUGUUCUUGUGUGCAAUGAUGAGGUCAUGUUGCAAAAAGACAAAAAGUCUGGAGAAAUUCAGAUCGUUGGCUCUCUUUCUCCAACUUUUUUCCAAGUCCGUGAAUUAUUGUAUAGCUUCUACAAAGAACUCUAA